CCCACAAUUUUCUUAAGUUUGGUCUACUAGCUUACAUGAAGAACAAUACAAGAAAACUCAUAUUUGAUACAAUAUGUCCAAAUUCAUGUGCAAUAUCCGGACAUUAUGCGCUCUUUUGUUGGAGUAUCUCUUGCAUUCUAAAGGCCAUCUCUUUUACCUCCAUCUUGUUCCUCACAUAGACUCUUCUGCACAAUUCCCUUCAUAGUUCACUAAUGACAAAGUUCCUAACAAUCCUGUCUAUUUUGCUGUCUUUAAAACAUCUCAUAGCUUAUUGAAAUCCUUCAUGCUAUCCAUCCAUUGACAAGUAU